GAUCUCUCUUGCGCCUUUCAAGCACAACACACCCUCAAGCCAGCUUUCGCACUCCUUCAAAAAUGUCUGCUUUUCUUUACGGUGUUGGUAUCGCUACCGCUGCCUUUCUGGGUCGCGCGGGCUAUGUUGCUCUCCAACGGUCUAGAGGCGGUAUGAAUGCUGCAGGCAAGGCGUUCUAUAAGGGCGGAUUCGAGCCUCGGAUGAACCGUCGCGAAGCAUCGUUGAUCCUGGAACUUCCAGAACGCACUUUGAACAAGGAUAAGGUCCGCAAGAAGCACCGCCAGCUCAUGCUGCUCAACCACCCCGAUCGCGGUGGUAGCCCCUACUUGGCCACCAAGAUCAACGAGGCCAAGGAGUUCCUCGACAAGCAGCUUUAAAUUAUUUUCUCCCGAAGGAGAACCCUUAGUGGAGCAUUUCCGUGAUGAGAAAAGACGGUAUGGUACAUCUACGUAUCAACCAUUGUACAAGAGUUUCGUCUUUGGGUGCGCAUAGCGAGGCGUUGGUGGGCAUUUUCUAGACCUCGGGAGUAUAGUCCCGGGGAACCCUUCUGAUGAGGGGGCCUGUAUUUACACUACUACUAUAUACUGACGAGAUCGCCGCUCUUAAAUGUAUAGCUAUG